ACCCGGUCCGAUGUAACAAAGUUACUAGCGAUUAUUCCGUCGUUACUAUAAAUAACGACUCUCUGCAACCCACAUCCCAAGGGUAUUUUUCAGUUUCUACGCCACCAGAUUUUGCUGUAAACAAACGCAAAAGAAAACCAACUUUGAUUCGCAAUGGCAUCUCAGGAUACGGAGACCGAGACAAAGAAUCAGCGACUGAAGCACCUAGGGUUCGUGAGGAUGGCGGCGAUUCACACGCUGGUGUGCGCGUCGAACCUUUACGAUUACGCGAAGCAGAACUCGGGGCCUCUGCGAUCCACCGUCAGCACCGUAGAGGGUGCCGUGACCACCGUUGUGGGCCCAGUUUACGAGAAAUUCAAGGGCGUGCCCGAUGAUCUCCUUGUUUUCUUUGAUAAGAAGAUAGAUGAAACUUCACAGAAGUUCGAUGAGCAUGCUCCACCUUUGGCGAAGGGGGUUGUGAGCAAAGCUCACGGUUUAAUUCAGAAGGCAUCUGAAAAGGCUCAAAAACUGGCAAGGGAGGCUCAAAUUGGGGGUCCUCGUGCUGCUGUGCACUAUGCUGCUUCAGAGUACAAGCAGUUUCUUCUGUCGCAAAGUUUGAAGAUGUGGAUUGGACUGAACCAGUUUCCACCAUUGCACGCGGUGGCUGGGAAGGCUGGGCCUGCGGCUGCUCAUUUGUCGGAUAAGUACAAUCACGUGGUGAAGGACAUGACUCAGAAGGGCUACCCUAUUUUUGGGUAUUUGCCUUUAGUUCCUCUUGAGGAGAUAUCCAAGGCAGUUAAGCAGAAUGGGUAUGGACAAGGAGGAGAUGCGGCAGCAUCUGCACAACAUAAAUCAGAUUCUUCUGAUUCAGAUUAAAAGAGUUCCUGUUUCCUUCAAAUAUGCUUUGCAUCUCAUUGUAAUGUGUUCCGUGGGGACCUAGUUGGAGUAUACAUGGGCGUGGGAAAUGUUGCCUGGUUUUGAUUGUAAUUUACUUUUCAUCUGUCUCAACUUGCAAGAGCACCUUUAAUGGUUUAUCUAUUUUAUUUUUUAAAA